GGCGCCCAGAGAAAGAGACAGUCACUUACUUUUUACGAUUCAUACUGCAUAAAGUUUCAUUUUCAUAGUAAAGUUUUAGGACGCUGGCGCCUGGGCCCUGGCAGUGAUUAGUUUUUUCUGUUGCAAACAAAGUGAUUGCGAACCUCUUUCAAACAUUGUUCUUUUUGUUUGUGCAUAUUUACUAUUUAGAUAUUUUUAAUUUGUGAAUAUUGAUUAUUAAAAACUGAAAAUGUUCUAUCCCGUGGACUCACUGAGGAAAGGGGGCAGAUUUUAUUUGUGUUGGAUUGCAGAUUCAUGGCCUUUACGUUUCGAACAAUUUACCCAUCGUAAUCAACGACUUUGGUCUCAAGAUAUACGCGAAAUAUGUGACCAAUUGCAGAAAGUAAUGAACGAGGAGUCAGGUCGGUCAUCACGCAGAUUUUCUCUCCGCCUCAGCUCGCAACUAAUCCGAGGGCUUGCAAGACUUUAUCAGAAAAAAGUGGAAGUUUUCAUUCGUGAUGUGAUGACCAUUAGCAUCAAAGUUAGAAGUCCAAAGACCUCACUUUUGGAACGUCCAGCGGUACCCAGGAGGCGGCGGCCGGCGGCGGCGGGCGCCCACGCCCAGCCCACACUUGUCAUUGAGGAGUUGCCACCGGAUGAAGUAAACCUAGAGCAAAUUCAAGAGAAUUCUCGGGACAUGAUCGCCCGAGUCGAAGACAUCACACUCAGAGAACCAAUUUUGCAAGAAAUACGGUUGAUAGACGAUGGUUUUGGGGAGCUCAACCGAGAUCCUGUUGAGAUGAUGUUGGCUCAUGAGGUCUCUAUGAUGCAACAAAGCGCUCUCGAUCUGCCGCUCGAAGUGUCCACGGAGAAGUCGCACGACAAAUCCAGACUCGCGCCGCACGACGCCGCGCAACUGGAGAGGAUAUCUGAGCAUGAUGUAUCACUGUUUAGAAAAUCUGCAGUUGAAGUGCCAACGCUAACAGAUUUCGAAAAAGAGAUCCCUGACAUAUCCGAUAUUCCGCCACCCGUAUUGCCCGCUCCUGAACCGCAAAAGCAAGUAGUUGAACAACCUGUGGAAGAACCCCGAAUCGAAGAACUCCCUCGGGAUCAACCCGCCACAGAACCGCCCCAACAAAAUGAACCCCAAGAAAUGGUACUUGAGGAAUUGGAAGACGAGCCGCCACGAAAGAAAAUACGUAGACUGAGGAAUAAGCUGAUAAUCGACAAGUCUAUCAAACUGGACAAAAGCUACAUGCGCGAGCGAUUCGCUGAUAACGAAGUGGAGUUGCGUUGCAAGAGUGCGCGCGAAGACGUAGUAGACACUAAACCCCGGGUACACGUAGACAUGUUGCUGAGCCGGCCUGCGUCCAAGUUUGGGAACAAGUUGGGCUCAAUGUUUGGCAGGGGUUUGGCUGGGCGCCUUGGCAGACCACUGCAAGCUGACAGACACGUCGAGGAAGUAUUGUCACGAAGAUCUGUCUACCAAGAACCAAUCAAUGAAAUGAUCAUCGAGCCAGUUGCUGACAAAGCGAUUCAAGAGUUAACUGCGCCAGUAAUGCAAGACAUAUCAAACGUGGACAGAAGCGCGCGCAACGUGCAGGAAGAAGUCGACAUAUCUGACUUGCCAACACAAAAACUGUCGACUGUCUCGCAAGAAGAACGGGCCACUCAACUUGGAGAAACGCAAAAGAGGAGGCGCUCUCAGCGAAUGCCCUCUUUGCACAUUUCCACAGCAGUAGCUGACAAGGAAAAUAUUCCCGGCGCUGCGAAUAUUCAAGAAACGAUACCUGGAACCCCAACAAUAAUUCAAACAGAAGAAGAAGCCCACCUGGAAUAUAUAACUAGCAUGCUACAAGAAGCCGGCCUGGCCGAGCAGCCGCCGAAGCCGCCAAGCAUCGCGCCCACGCCCACGCAGAGAGAUUCCCGAACGAUUAGACACAGCGAGAGCUCGGAGACUCCCUUGGGCAGUCUCGAUAGAACUAAAGUGUCUUUGGGCGACUCUGAGAGGACAACCGACUCGAAGAGAUUCCUUGAUGAACACUGGGGAGUUUUAGGGACGAUGAUCAAAAUAUUCAAGUAUACCGUUAGGCGCAUUAGCCCCAUCACAGUGGAGACAAUGGUUAGCAAGGGGCCAGUGAUGGAGUCGCGAGAACGUAUCACUGCGGCGCGAUGUUUCACCUCCAUAUUGAACCUCCAAAAGCAGGAGUUUAUAAAAGUGACCAAGGAUGAAGAAACAUACGCAAUUAUAAACAUACAACUCGGACCAAGGAUUACUAACCAUCCAAGACUGAAAUUAUAUCUAAGUAAAAAUGGAGUAUAAUUAUUAUUAUUAAGUACUAACACUUUUUUUCUAUUUAUAGUUACCUACA